AUGAAAAAAAUUCCAUUAAAUAACGAAUUGAAUAAAAAGAGAGAAUACUUUGUAUCAUUGCUUAAGAAGAAAGAAUAUGACACCCUAAUUCAAGAAAUGAACAAAAUUGGAAAAAAAUACAUGAUACAAUGCACUAAGUACGAUCGUUUUAGAGAUAUAACCCCAUACGACACAAACGUUUCUUGUUACUAUAAAGUGCCUUACAUAAAUGCAAGUUUUGUAGACAGAUUUAUAGUUUGUCAAGACCCUAAAGUAGAGUACUUUGAUGUUUUUUAUCAAUUCAUAGCAGCUUCAGAAAUCAAGUUAAUUGUUUCACUGACACAUGAUUCAAAAUUCUUUCCAGAAUAUACUAUAGAAUUUGAAGAUCAAAAUUUUAGAGUAGAAAAGAUUACUUUUAAUUGUAGAAUAAUUACCAGAAUUGUUUGUAAGGUAUGGAAAGAUCACAGUGUGGUCGAUUGGAAUGUUUUAGAUGAGCUUUAUCAUAAAAUUAUUGGGCGCAAAUCUUUUAAUCACAGGUAUGAAAUUUUAGUGCAUUGUAAGGCGGGAGUUGGUAGAACAGGAUGUUUAAUUGGAUAUAUUUUACUGAAAAAAUUGAAAAAUAAGACAAUAAAAAUUAAUAAAUCAGUUUUUAUUGAUUUAUUAAUUUAUCUAAGAAGUUGUAGAAAUUAUUUCAUACAGACGGCUGAAUAG